AUGGACUUCAAAUUAUUAGAGAGCCUAAAAAUUCAGAUUGCUCACAAUUCGAAAUUAAUCCAUAAAUUAGAGUUCAAAUAUAUAACAACAAAAUAUACCAGCAAAGCAUAAUAAUUAUAUCAAUAAAAGAUAAAUAAACAAACAAAUAAAUAAAAAAAUUAAACAUAUCUAGUUUUCUUAAAAUGA